CGCCACUUCUCUCCACUUCGUUGCUUGCCUUUUCAGGUAAUGCUUUCGUGAUGUUUGGCCGUCACGCGUAGCGCGAACCACGGCCUCGCUACAUCUUCGGUUCAUACGUCAAGAUUCUCGCCGAUCCAGUGGGCUAUAUAGUCGACGACAGCAUCUGGGGCUCUGCUGGCCCUCUUGGGCUGACCCACCAAUGUCAUGGCCGCCCAAGUCACAUACAACCCGAUAGUCCAGGCAUCGGUCGAUGUCGUUCAGACCUUAGGGAUGCAGAUCAUGGUCAAUCUCUUUCUUGAAGGUGUGCAGCUGACGCUGGGCUUUGCUGCCCUCUCAGCCCUUGCGCAUGCUGGCGGGAAGAAAUUCACCCUCUACUUCGCCGUUAUCCUCGUAAUGCUCGCGUUGUUCGUCAACACUGUCAUGAACCUCCUUUUCAACGUCAUGCAAAUACCAGGCGUCUUAGCCGCCAACUACCCCGACCCACAGGGCCUCGCUGAUCGACUGACAAGGAUGAAGAUUGCUGCGGAUGUACUGCGAAAAGUGAUCCUAUUUGUUAGCGACAUCAUUGUGGUCUGGCGAGCCUGGAUCAUGUAUCCCAAGAGCUACAUGGUCAAAACACUCCUCGUGUUAUGUGCCCUGUGCGGGUUGGGCGGGCUGCUAGUUCACUCUGUCUACUACGAUGAUCCCACUCAUGAUUAUCCGGAAGCCAUGUCUUUGUUGCUCCCAGUAUGCACCUUAGCCAUGAACGGAAUUGCCACUUUGCUGGUAUCUUGGCGGCUAUGGACAUACAGACGGGACAUCAACAUCAGCAUUUUUGGGAGAACCGCAUUUGUGCUCGCCGGGGAUAUGAUGUGAUGAUGUGCCUGCCCACCGUCGCCACGCGCGGAUGAGUGAUCGCGAGGCAGGUAUGAGCCUCGGGAGGCCUCGCCAACGCGCGCGCCCUUGCGCGCCGCUCGUAAUGGCAUGUAUCGUGGCGAGGAUCUAAUUACACCUUUGUAAUGCCUCUGUGGGCGUAUGGCACGUGCAUAAGUAUCAAGUCGGGUCGAAUCACGUUGACGCAGUCGGUGCGAGCCCCGAGC